UCCCUAAAACUCCAGCAUCUCAGCGCCGUCGCGAGCCCCUCAUAUAUACUGUCUUAAACCCUACAUCCCCUUCGGUCGGUCGUAACUGCGUUUUUCUCUUCUUCUUCUUCUUCGCAUAAUAGCAGCAACAAUGGUGAAGCACUACAGACCCCCGGGGAAGAAAAAGGAGGGAAAUGCUGCCAAAUUUGUCAUUAGGUCACAAGCAAUCAAGCAGCUUCAAAUCAGUCUACCCCUUUUCAGGAAACUAUGUAUUUUGAAAGGUGUAACUCCAAGGGAGCCUAAGAAAAAGUUCAAGGGAACUCAUCAGACUUAUUACCAUGUCAAGGAUGUUUCCUUCCUUCAUCACGAGCCUUUGGUUGAAAUACAUAGAGCAAUACGAGUGCAUGAGAGGAAAAUAAAGAAAGCCGAGGCAAAGAAAAACCAUGAACGUGCAAACAGGCUGCGCCAGAAAACACCCAAACCCAAGAUCGAUAGGAUUAUUCGGCAGAGGUACCCGAGAUUUGUGGAUGCACUUGGAGAAUUGGAUGACUGCCUUACAAUGGUGCACCUUUUUGCAGCAUUGCCUGCAUCAGAGAGUAAAAAAAUUGACGUGGAGUGUGUCCAUAAAUGUCGAAGAUUGGCACAUGAAUGGCAAGCAUUUGUAUCUCGCACUCACAAGUUAAGAAAAACAUUUGUAUCUGUGAAAGGCAUAUACUACCAGGCUGAGGUCGAGGGCCAGCCAAUAACAUGGUUAACUCCUCAUUCACUACAACAGGUUGUAUCCGAUGAUGUUGACAUUACUACCAUGCUAAACUUUCUGCAAUUGUAUGAGCCUCUUCUUAGUUUUGUCAAUUUCCGCCUCUACCAUUCUAUAAAUUUGAAGUAUCCCCCCAUACUUGAUCCUCGGUUGGAAGCUUUGGCAGCAGAUCUAUAUGCUCUGUCAAGGUAUGCCAGUGCCAAUACCAGACCCUCUGUACUGAAUUCUGAAGCUUCUCAAGCUGAAUCUGAACAAGUGGAGACCAAGCAAAAGGAGGCAGAGACUGGAAAUGAAACAUCUGAACUAAGACUUGCUCAACUUCAGCAUCAACUUCCUUCUAAUGAACCUGGUGCACUAAUGCAUCUUGUUGAGGAAGUGACUGGUGAAGAUGAAGAGGAUCAGGAUACAAAAGACUGUAAAAAGCUCUUUAAAAAUAUGAAAUUCUUCGUAAGCAGGGAGGUACCAAGGGAAUCGAUGCUUUUUGUUAUUCCUGCUUUUGGUGGCAUAGUUUCCUGGGAGGGAGAAGGGGCACCUUUUGGGGAAUCUGACCAGAGCAUUUCUCAUCAGAUUGUUGACAGGGAAGCACAAGGACAUCGGUUCCUCUCAAGAGAAUACGUUCAACCACAGUGGGUAUAUGACUGUGUGAAUGCACGAAUUAUUUUGCCAACUGACAAUUAUUUGGUGGGAAGGACUCCUCCACCACAUUUGUCACCUUUUAUUAACUACGAUGAAGAAGGAGCAUACAUUCCUGAUUAUGCAAAGACCAUUAAACACUUGCAAGCUGCUGCCAGAAAGGAAAUCCUUCCACUUCCAGGUGUUGGGAAGGAUGCUCUGGAAGAUCCUCAAAAUCUUCUGGUUGAAGGUAUCAUUGAUCGAGCAGAGGCUAAUGAUGCAGCUCAGAGAAAGCAGAAGAUGAUGAUUCUGGAGCAGCAAUACCGUGAUGAUUUGAAAAAAGAACUUCAAGGUAUUACAUGUACCUCAGCAGGUUCUAUAGAAACAUCUACUGAAGUGGUACAGACUGGAGAAUCAACUACCAGUGUUCAUGAAAAUAUUGAUCAUGAUGACAUGGGUAAACUUAUGUUGUCACGUAAAAGGAGGGGGCUAGUGAAAGCCAUUGAGAAAUCUAGGGAACGGAAUAAAGCUCAGACUGAUCUCAUUAAACAACGGAAAAAGAAAAUUGAUGAAGAGCAACGGCAAAGGAGUUGAAGAGAUGCCGCAUUCACCAGGAUUCCAGCAUUGACUUCAUUCUGUUUUGUAAGGCCAAAUGAAAAGAAAUCAUUUGUUUUAGCACUGGAUGUUUUUAUAACAUCUCAGAUAAGAUUAAACUAUGGUUAGAGACUAGGGGUAUUUAAAAUCGAAUUAAAUUAUAUAUUAUAUUGUCAAAGUGAUAAUCUUGUAUUUUAAAAUGAGCAGAUUACCUGAUUGAGUUCGGAAAGUGUAAUCGAUUUUACAAUCAUCUUCUUUUGUUAGGGUCCUUUUGAUUUAAAGAUAUGAAAGUGAAUUGGGAUGACAAAAGAGGAAAUGUUUAAAUUAAAA